AUGGGAUCGCCGCGCUUAGCCCGGUCGGUCCUCCUGGCCGUCCUCCUCUUGUCGCUGGCUGCGCAUUCACACACGCAGACAACGUACGACUCAUUUCUCGACCAAAUCGAGAGCGUUUUGAACGGGUCCACGCCCCUCGGCAAGAUUGACUCCAUCUUGUUCACGCAGGCAAAUCAGUACAACUUGUACCUCAGCAAUAAAGCCGGCGCCAAUUCCGCCGCCUCCUCCUCCGCUUUCCGGAGCGCCUCCGUCUUUAGCACCACGGGAGAUUCGGGCGGCACUGGCGGUACUGGUGGUACUGGCGGCACUGGUGGCGGCACUGGCGGCGGCACUGGCGGCGGCAGUGGCGGUGGCAGUGGCGGGGGAAGUGGCGGGGGCAGCGGCAGCAACCUAGGCCCAUUCUUACGCUUCAUCCUGUCGCUCAUCCGCUCUGUAUCCAAAUCAAAGACGCCCUCUCUCACCCUCCUUCAGCAGAGCGUGCAAUGGCUCAGCACCAACGCGACCGUGAUAAAAUCAAAUCUCGCGAAGCUGAACUCGAUCCUCAAGCUGCUCCGCCAGCCGAGCCUCGCGAAAGCGCUGGGGUCCAUGAGCCGCGCGUUCUUCGUUUCGCCCGGCGCAAAGGUCGCGCUGGAAGCGGAGGGAAUCACUCAGCUGGCGGCUGCGCAGACCGCCGUGCCAGAGACGGUGCCAAAACCCGCAGAUCCCGUUGCAGAUCCGAACGUGAGCCAAAGUAACGGUCAGGUUUCUACCACGGGUUAUGCGGUGCAGAGUUACGGUGCUGUUACCGAGCAAAGCGACGAUGGUGAAGAGGGCGAUGGGAGGCCGCGAGGUGGGAGGCAGUACCGGAUUGAGAGUGACGAUGAUGACCAUGAGGACGAUGACGAGGAUGAAUGCGUGGAGCCGACAGGGCGAGUGCGGAUAAUCAAGUACACGUGA